AUGUCGUCCAAACCAUUUUAUUGUCUCUUAUGUUCUAAAACUUAUUCAACGAAAAAGUCGUUGGUAUCUCACGAAGUAAAUAAACACCCACGUAACCGUGUCGUACCUCAUAGCUCUGGGUUUGAGCUUCCUUCUAGUUGGUGCCAGUGCCAAUUUCGUUCGGUUUUUCUUGCGAAUGUAAAGUCCCGCCUUCAUACUCACCGGUCAGCCCAAGGCUUCAAACAAUUUACUAUACACUGUCAUGAAAAUCUUUUUUUUUAUGUAUUUCACCAAGAACCAGGUUUUGAAUACCGGUCGGCCCAGCGAAAGUAUAAAUGUACAUAUAAGGGAAAAGACGGAUACCAAAAAAUCGGCUACAUUUUCGCGCAUCCUGGCUGGGGAGAAAAAAAAACAAAAACAGGAAGUGUGGUUAAAGUAGCGACUGAAAAGAAGGAUUCUGAAACACAAAAGAUGGUCGAAGCUGAGUUUGGGUUCUUUUGGGAAGAACGAACAACAGAGGAGGAACAUAAUGAAAAAACUUAUACAUGGGUUUAUGGACUUUUAAAAUUUACAUUCGAAAUUUGUAAGCGAAAUGUAGUUGUAGUUUAA